GAGUACCAGGCUCUGUCCAAGAGGAACCACGUAACCUGACGGGCGGAAAAGUCAAUCAACGCGAAAGGCACGCGGGGAAUCUAUAGCAUCAGCACCUCCGAGGUACUCAAAUCAAAUGCGACCUCUCCCUGUGCGCAUGCUCCUACCCCACACGCCAUUCGCGCGGUGCCGAGUGACGUCACUGGCCGGCGCCACCAGGAAGGGCGCUGAGCGUCGCACGUGUGCGGAGGCGGCGGACGGGCCCAUGGCGAGCUCUGCGGGGCUGGCACUGUGCGCCCAGACGCUGGUGGUGCGGGGAGGCAGCCGGUUCCUAGCCUUCUCCACCGCAAGCAGCGACGAUGACUGCGUCUUCACAUAUGACUGCAGCACUGCCGAGAAGAAGUCCUCGCAGGAAGAUAAAGGGGAGGACGGACAGCCCGCAGACAGGGGGAGUGACACGAUUCUGGCGUCCACCUUCUCCAAGUCUGGCCGCUAUUUUGCUUUAACUGAUGACAGUAAGCGUCUGAUUCUUUUCCGUACAAAACCAUGGCAAUGUCUGAGUGUCAGGACGGUGGUGCGGAGGUGCACCGCCCUGACCUUCACAGCCUCCGAGGAUCGAGUCUUGGUGGCUGACAAGUCUGGAGACGUCUACUCCUUCCUGGUGCUGGAUUCGGGUGGAUGUGGCAGGCUGGAACUUGGGCACCUCUCCAUGCUGCUAGAUGUGGCUGUGAGUCCUGAUGACCAGUUUGUGCUCACCGCAGACCGGGAUGAGAAGAUCCGGGUCAGCUGGGCUGCCGCCCCACACAGCAUCGAGGCUUUCUGCCUGGGCCACACGGAGUUUGUGAGCCGCAUCUUUGUGGUGCCCAGUCAUCCUGAGCUGCUGCUUUCUUCCUCCGGGGACGGCACCCUGAGACUCUGGAAGUACAGAAGUGGUUGCCAGCUGCAGUGCUGUGACCUGGCCAGCCUACAGGAGCCUGGCGAGCAUCCAGUCCACAAGGGGUUGGCCGCAUCCAGGAUUGCAUUCUGGGGACGGGAGAGCUACGUGGUGCUUCUGUGUGAGUGUGUCCCUGCGGGCUUCGUCUUCCAACUUGAUGCCAGCAGACAGCAGCUGGUGUUCAGACAGCGGCUGACUUUCCCUCACCGGGUGUGGGAUGUUGUAUUUGAGGAGACUCGGGGCCUGUGGGUUCUGCAGGACUGCCGUGAUGCCCCUCUGGCGCUCUGGAGGCCUGUGGGCAGCGAGUGGCAGGCUGCUCCUGACAAUGCUGUGUCCCAGAGACUCUGCCGCCAUCUCCGUGAGAACUGGGCCAUGCUGGAAGGCUCUGCUGGUGCAGAUGAUGGCUUCCGCAGCCUGUACAAGGCCACCUUUGACAAUAUGACCUCUUAUCUGAAGAAAAAGGAAGAGAGACUGAAGCAGCAGCUGAAGAAGCGGCAAAGGAGCCCCCUCCCAGGGUCCCCAGAACAGACCAAAAAGGCGUGCCAGCCAGGGCAGUCAGCCCUUAGCUGCUGA